GGAGGCGGAGGACGGCGGCGGGGGUCACGUGCUCCGGAAGUCGGGACGUCUGACAGGAAAUGACGUGGGGGGCUGAGAGAAAGAGCCAGACAGAGAGGGAGACGCUGAGCUCGGAGUGAGCGGCGGGGAGAGGUCAAAGAUCUGGGCGCCAACAUGGAGACCGAGAGUGAGCAGAACUCCACCUCGACCAAUGGGAGCACAGCGCCUGGUGCCAGUUCCCGUCCACAGAUAUCACAGAUGUCUCUAUAUGAACGCCAGGCUGUACAGGCCCUGCAGGCUUUGCAUAGACAACCCAACGCAGCGCAGUAUUUCCACCAGUUGAUGUUGCAACAGCAGCUUAGUAAUGCACAGUUGCAUAGUCUUGCUGCGGUCCAGCAGGCUACCAUUGCUGCUACCCGCCAGGCUGCCUCUCCCAAUACAGUUUCCAAUCAGCAAACGAGCACCACACAAGGAUCAGCCAGUCUGUCAACCAGCUCAUCGGGACAGCUACUGAGCCGUGCCCAGAAUGUCACCGCCCCCAGCGCAACAACACUCACCCAGUCCGUUCUGCUAAGUAAUGCCAGUUCCCCGCCUCUCAGCCAGUCACAGACUCAAAUGUAUCUGCGGCAGCCGCAGCUGGGUAACCUUCUACAGGUAAACCGUUCCCUUGGCCGUGGCGUCCCUCUGAACUCGCAACUUAUUCUGAUGCCCAAUGGCUCAGUUGCUACUGUCCAGCAGGAAGUAACAUCCCCCCAGAACCAAGCCAUGCAUCAAGAUUCUGACCAAGUUCAAAAUCUGGCUGUUAGGGGCCAGCAGACUGCUCAACCCACCUCCACUGCUGCAGGAACAACCAUCGCCCAUCCUGCUCCUACUCCGUCCAAACUAACUACUCACCCAGUGCCCUCUUCCUCUGCACCCUCACAUCUGCCCUCUUCCCCAGUACCACAGACUGUGAAGAGCCCAUUGAUUCCAGCAGGGGGCACAGUGAGUCAGGGGAGUCAGACAGAGGCAGAAGGGCGAAAGGCAGAAGGAGAGGCUGUGCAGCAGAGUGUCGGUAUCAACUUGACCAGAGCUGCAACACCAGCACCCAACCAGACCCUGAUAAGCUCUGCUACAUACACGCACAUUCAGCCUCACUCGGUUCUGCAACAGAAACAGGUGGUUUUCCAGCAGCAAAUUGCCAUCCACCAGCACCGACAGUCUCAGCUUGUCCACGCCUCCGCUCACCUACAGCUGGCACAGCAGCAGCCUCAGGCUCCUUCACAGCAAGUUCUGCAGGCACCCCCUUCACAGCAGACCCUGGUUGUACAACCUAUGCUGCAGACUCCUGAGGCAACAUUGCCAACAAAAGCCCCUGUACCCAUUCAACCAAAACAACCUGGGAAAGGGGUUCCUCCUUUAAACCUCCAAGGGCACCUGGCAGCAAAACCUACUCAGGGUGCUCGACCACUUCCUACUCCCCCUCCUAAUCAGCCUCACAUUCCUGUACAACUUGUUGGUGCAAGACAGCAAGGUCCUGCCCAAGCACUUGCCUUGGGCACCAGCCAGGUUCCAUCACAGGGGUCUUCCUUGGCACAGAUGACAGUCUCUCCUUCUCCAGCCCCUGUUCCGACGUCUGUGUCUGGAGUUGUGCAGGAAGCCCAAGCUGCCUUUUAUGGCGUCCUGCAGAACAAGAUGUCUGGAGCUGUGAAGAGGAAGGCAGAGUCAGAGGAGGACAGGGAGGAAUCCCCAACACUACCUGCGAAAACAUCCCCCCCUGCAGAUGUUCCACCAACGGUGGAGGAGAGCAACACUCCUGCUGAUAAGUCUGAAGUUGUCUCUCAAGUCCCUCCUGCUCUCUCUGUGUCUGCUCCUCCUUGUGCGCCCACACUUUUGGUCACUUCUCGUCAGCACAGUGACUCCAAGCCCCCACAAGCCAUUGUGAAGCCACAGAUCCUGACUCAUAUUAUAGAGGGCUUUGUGAUCCAGGAGGGAGCAGAACCCUUUCCUGUUGGGAGUCCUCAGAUUCCCAAGGACCCAGAGAAGCUGUCUGCACCUGGGACAGUGUUGGCUCCUGCAGAGAGUCCUCCACCUAAUUCUACAGUAGACCAGACUCUCAGUGAUUCUGGUAGCACAAAGAUGUUGAAGUGUGAGUACUGUGGGAAGUUUGCGCCAGCAAUGCAAUUUCGUGGCUCAAAGAGGUUCUGCUCGAUCACUUGUGGGAAAAGAUAUAACGUCAGCUGCAGCCACCAACUCCGUCUUCAGAGAAAGAAACUAAAGGAGCUCCAGGAAGCGGGAGGCGUGAGAGUGCGCAGGCGCGGCCCACGGAGAAACAGCUCGGAGAUUGCACGUGCCAAGAUCCAGGGAAAGCGAUUACGGGUAACAGAGGAGGAUUCCAGCCGCGGAUCUGACAACUCCAGCUACGACGAGGCCUUCUCUCCCACCUCCCCUGUCCCUCCAUCUUGCAGAACGCCACACGGGGAGCGAGAUGGGAGUACCCCCACCAGUGGUCCCUCAAACUCUGAACUGCUGGGAAUUAAUCCCAUGUUUCUGUCGAGCAAUCCCAGUCGCUGGAGUGUGGAGGAAGUGUAUGAGUUUAUUUCAUCUUUACAAGGAUGCCAAGAUUUAGCCGAAGACUUCCGAUCUCAAGAGAUUGAUGGGCAGGCUUUAUUACUUCUGAAGGAGGAGCAUCUGAUGAGCGCCCUGAAUAUAAAACUUGGACCUGCAUUGAAAAUCUGCGCCAAAAUCAACUUGUUAAAGGAGACUUAACUUACUGCAUUUUCUCUACAAGCACAAGGUGGCAGAGAAAACAACCGAGGCCUCCCCCAGACCGGUGGCCCCCUGUUGUUUCCCAAGAGAGUGAUUUAUGGAAGCAGUAAGCAGAACUUUAAGGAAAAGUGGGACAUCAGUGGUCUUCACAACUAGCCACCACUUCUAAAACACUCCCGUACACUCGUGUUCCAAGCUCUUCUUUUAUCAUCUCCUCAUUAUUACUCUAAAUAUAUAAUCUAUAUCUUCUGUAUCUGUUCAUACAUGUACUAUGCCUGCCAAGGAGAAGCUCCAGGCAGAAACAGACUUACUACAGGCCAGUCCUUGUGCAGAAUAAUGUUCCUUAUAAACUAGACAUGGUAUGUCUAUGGAGGGGAGAGUAUAGUAGUAGUUGCAGGAGGGGGCUGCAGACCUCAGUCUACACACAUGUAGCAUAUCUGUAGACAAGAUACAGAUUGAGGUUGUUUGUACAGGGGUCUCUUUACUGACUUCUCAUGUACACAUAUUUCUACAUGUGUCUGAAUGUAUAUAGUGAGAUCCCCUGACUACACUUGCUGUAGGGAUGCGUAUUUCAAACAUGUCUACACUUUUCCCUGUGUGCCUAUUAUUAGUGUAUGCUCGUCUGUUGCACAUAUAUGCAAUGGUUUGAUAUGUUGGACAUACUAAUCUGCCACAGACAUUGCUGCAGCAUGCAAUACUGCCUAUUGAUAUCCCCAGUCACAGGCAGACCACUGCUGCGCUACUGCAGUCUUCAUUUCCCCUAAGCCCCAGUGUGAACCAGCAUCCCGCACUUUGGGAUCUGAGCCUUAAUAAUACUCAUCUCAUUAAAGACCAUCCCUGUUAUUGUUGUACUGACAUGCUGCAAAUGCAUCUGCUGGGCACAGCACCCUCCUAUGUGGUCACCAAGGUCUACAGUCACCUGCACAAGAUGGAGCUGAGCCAAUAUUCAAUCCAUUCCUUUACUUGGUACAAGAGAUGCCUCAGUACUGUUACGGAUUCCUAGUGAAUUUAUAGGUUGAAUAUUGUUUGAGUCACAGCCUCCGCAGUGUGAACGGGACCAGUAGAGUCAUUUACAAACCCUAACAAGCACAGCACACUAUCAUACUGGUUAUGAUCCAGGUAAACUUUUACCAUUUCACCUGGAGUAACAGAUUUUUAAAGUUCCCUUUAUUGUUUGCAUUGGUUGUUAUCAUCCUUGCUGUAAUGGCAUUUUUCCCCAUUUGUAUUUUAUCCCUUUUUAUUUCUGACAUAUAUAAAUAUAUAUUUUCUUUUCUGUAGGUUUUUAUGUAAGCGCUCUGGGGAGUAACACUGACCAUAGAAUGCUGUGACUUGGCCAGCUGAAUAUAGCAGCAGUGGGUGGGAGGGAAUUGGAAUGUUUUUCCCUUUUUUGUUUUGUUACAUUUUGUCAGCACUUGAAGACAAUGAAAUAAAAUAAUCAUUGCUUUGGA